CGGGGCGGGGUGUCUCUGCCUCUCCAGGUGAUCUACGUUGCCCGGAAUGCCAAGGAUGUGGCUGUCUCCUAUUACCACUUUUACCGCAUGGCCAAGGUGCACCCUGAGCCCGGCACCUGGGAGAGCUUCCUGGAGAAGUUCAUGGCUGGGGAAGUGUCCUAUGGGUCCUGGUACCAGCACGUGCGGGAGUGGUGGGAGCUGAGGCGCACCCACCCUGUUCUCUACCUCUUCUACGAGGACAUGCAGGAGAACCCCAAAAGGGAGAUUCGGAAGAUUCUGGAGUUUCUGGGCCGCGCCCUGUCAGAGGAGACCGUGGAUCAUAUUGUGCGGCACACGUCCUUCAAGGAGAUGCAGAAGAACCCCAUGGCUAACUACAGCACCAUACCCGUGGAGCUCAUGGACCACAACAUUUCCGCCUUCAUGAGGAAAGGCAUCACGGGGGACUGGAAAACCAUGUUCACUGUGGCCCAGAAUGAGCGCUUUGAUGCCCACUACGCUGAGAAGAUGGCAGGCUGCAACCUCAAGUUCCACACAGAGCUGUGAGUGGUGUUCAUGGCACCGCUCCCCAGGGAGUGUGUGCGAGGGGCCCGACAGGGGCCUCAGUAAUAAAGUACAGCUUGUGUUGCAUGGAGUGUGCCUAUUGGAAGAC